GCCAAGAUUCUCCCAGGGAAUGCGAAGAGGUUGGAGCCGCGAUUGCUUUUUGAGUGCAAGGAGAACGACGUCUCUUACUACUGAAAGCUGAGAGAUCUGCAAGACGAAACCACACUUCAAUGACUUCUGGGCAGAAAAAAAGAAAGGUGGGGUUGAUGCGUAUUGACGCCGCCAUGGAUUCCCUCUGUCCCAUGGGUUUCUCCAGAGAUUUGGUGCGUAAAACUGUAAACAAGCUCCUUAAGGCCUAUGGUGGAGAUCAAGGUUGGGUCUUCAUCGAGGAAGCAUCUUACAAGGUGGUUAUUGAUGCAAUCCUUGAAGAACAAGAGUCAAAAGAGAAGACUGAACUGGAAAACGCGCAUCCGAAGUUGUUGGAGUGUUCGUCAAUACAGGCUGAGUCUGUAGAACAAUCUCAAUCCCUUCAAGAUGAUUCUGAAUGCAUCAACCAAUCAAUAAUGCCGGAUGUCACUGGCCACUCUCAUACAUCACAGGCAAAAGUCACUGCAGAAGUUGCCUCUCUGGCCCAGCACAUUCACUCUGAGGCACCAAUGGAUAAUUCUCAUCACCCUCUUGAAGAUAUCCUUGAACACAAGGCCACUACAGAAAAUUGCAGGGGGGCACCGACUGUUGCUGAUGUUAAAUCUCCAGGAAUGUGUCCGAGACCCUCAAUGGAAUUGGGAUCCUCCUCUGUUGUAAGGAAGCGUAGACCCUGCUUUGGGUGGAUUAGUGACGAUGACAAUGAUGAGAGUGAUUUGGUGUAUCUAUUACCAGCCCCAUCAAAAGUUUAAAAAUCUUUAACAAGAUUCGGUUUACAAAGAUACUAUAGACAUGUUGACAUGGUUUAUGAUUUUGCUAAUUUUCUGUAGUUUGCUUUUAUUAUGCAUGUUAUGUGAUAAAUUCUCUAUUUCUCUGAUAGUGUGUCCAUAUUCUGAUCU